UUAUUUUAUUCGGCUUGUUCCCUUCUUGCCAUUGCAGCCGUCGCCACGGGCGGUUGGGGAUCGGCUAGAAGGGGGAGCCCCGGCUGUCAGCUUGGGCGCAGCCGCCUCCCCAACCCUUCCGCUCCAGGGCACGGCCGGGCCCUGUCCAUUGGCCCGGGAAACGCACCCUGCCCCGCCACGCAGAGCCAGGAAGGAAAGAGAGCCUCAUGCCUAAGCCGCGGGGAGCACCAUGGAUCUGACAAAGAUGGGCAUGAUCCAGCUGCAGAACCCCAGCCACCCCACGGGGCUCCUGUGCAAGGCCAACCAGAUGCGGCUGGCGGGGACGCUGUGCGAUGUGGUCAUCAUGGUGGACAGCCAGGAGUUCCACGCCCACCGGACGGUGCUGGCCUGCACCAGCAAGAUGUUUGAGAUCCUCUUCCACCGCAACAGCCAGCACUACACCCUGGACUUCCUUUCUCCAAAGACUUUCCAGCAGAUUCUGGAGUAUGCGUACACAGCCACGCUGCAAGCCAAGGCGGAGGACCUGGAUGACCUGCUGUACGCGGCCGAGAUCUUGGAGAUCGAGUACCUGGAGGAGCAGUGCCUGAAGAUCCUGGAGACCAUCCAGGCCUCAGAUGACAAUGACACGGAGGCCACCAUGGCGGACGGUGGGGCCGAGGAGGAGGAGGACCGCAAGGCUCGGUACCUCAAGAACAUCUUCAUCUCGAAGCAUUCCAGCGAGGAGAGCGGGUAUGCCAGUGUGGCAGCUCAGAGCCUCCCUGGGCCCAUGGGGGACCAGAGUCCUUCCGUCUCCACGUCGUUUGGCCUUUCAGCCAUGAGUCCCACCAAGGCGGCAGUGGACAGCUUGAUGACCAUAGGACAGUCUCUCCUGCAGGGGGCACUUCAGCCGCCCGCUGGGCCUGAGGAGCCGCCUCUGGCUGGGGGAGGGCGGCACUCUGCGGCGGCCGAGGUGAAGCCGGAGAUGAUGCAGGUGGAUGAGGUGCCCGGCCAGGACAGCCCUGGGGCAGCCGAGUCUAGCAUCUCAGCUGGGCUGGGGGACAAGGUGGAGGAAAGGGGCAAGGAGGGGCCUGGAACCCCGACUCGGAGCAGCGUCAUCACCAGCGCCAGGGAGCUGCAUUACGGGCGUGAGGAGAGCGCCGAGCAGCUGCCACCUCCCGCGGAGGCUGCCCAGGGCCCCCCAGGCCGCCUGGAGCCCCCCGUGCCCCCAGCUGAGAAGCACCUGGGUAUCUACUCGGUGUUGCCCAACCACAAGGCUGAUGCCGUGUUGAGCAUGCCGUCCUCGGUGACCUCGGGCCUCCACGUGCAGCCUACCCUGGCCGUCUCCAUGGACUUCAGCACCUACGGGGGUCUGCUGCCCCAGGGCUUCAUCCAGAGGGAGCUGUUCAGCAAGCUGGGGGAGCUGGCCGUGGGCAUGAAGUCGGAGAGCCGGACUGUCGGGGAGCAGUGCAGCGUGUGUGGGGUGGAGCUUCCGGACAACGAGGCGGUGGAGCAGCACAGGAAGCUGCACAGUGGGAUGAAGACGUACGGGUGUGAGCUCUGCGGAAAGCGGUUCCUGGAUAGUUUGCGACUGAGAAUGCACUUACUGGCUCAUUCAGCGGGUGCCAAAGCCUUCGUCUGUGAUCAGUGUGGUGCCCAGUUUUCGAAGGAGGAUGCCCUGGAGACACACAGGCAGACCCACACUGGAAGGCUACCUCCACCCCGUACCUCCCUGCCAACACACAGCACGGACAUGGCCGUCUUCUGUCUGCUGUGCGGGAAGCGCUUCCAGGCGCAGAGCGCGCUCCAGCAGCACAUGGAGGUCCACGCGGGCGUGCGCAGCUACAUCUGCAGCGAGUGCAACCGCACCUUCCCCAGCCACACCGCCCUCAAACGCCACCUGCGCUCACACACAGGCGACCACCCGUACGAAUGUGAGUUCUGUGGCAGCUGCUUCCGGGAUGAGAGCACGCUCAAGAGCCACAAGCGCAUCCACACGGGCGAGAAACCCUACGAGUGCAAUGGCUGCGGCAAGAAGUUCAGCCUCAAGCACCAGCUGGAGACACACUAUAGAGUGCACACAGGUGAGAAGCCCUUUGAGUGUAAGCUGUGCCACCAGCGCUCCCGGGACUACUCGGCCAUGAUCAAGCACCUGCGAACGCACAACGGCGCCUCGCCCUACCAGUGCACCAUCUGCACGGAGUACUGCCCCAGCCUGUCCUCCAUGCAGAAGCACAUGAAGGGCCACAAGCCCGAGGAGAUCCCGCCCGACUGGAGGAUAGAGAAGACUUACCUCUACCUGUGCUACGUGUGAGGCCGGCCCGCAGCUGCGGCGGGGGAGCGGGGAGCGAGGAGAGCUAGAGCAGGAUGAGGUCCAGGAGGACUGUGCAAACAACACAACACAAAACUAAAAACAAACAAACAAAAAAAGAAAGAAAAAAAAAGAAGGGAGAAGGAAUAGGACACCUGGGAGCUGUCUGGCCCUGGAUUCUCUCUGAGGCUCCAGGUGACCCCGAUGCCUGGCCCAGCCCCUUCCCCACCGGCCUCUGUUCCUCCUUUCCUGGCUGGAGGUUGGCCUGCUCUUCUUGGGUGGUGAUGGAGGUGGCUUUGUUCAGCUCAGAUUAGGGGGACAUUUUUCUCUUUCCUCCACCCAGAUCCUCCUUUUGUGUCCAGAAAUGAAGACUAGGAAGAGGACGAGGGGUCCUCUGGUCAGAGCCAAACCAUCUCCGCCUGCCGUCCUCUCCACGACUCCGUGGAAGAUGGGGGCUGAGGGACCGGGACGGGUGGGGGCGAUGCAGAAAGGGGGCCUGCAGUUGGUGGGGCCGGGCUGGGUCACAGCGGCAGCUCUAGUUUGCUGGGGGCAGGAUGGGGUGGGGAGGGGCGCUCCCGCCCUUCCCCCUGCUCAGUUCAUCUGUUGCUUUCCUCUGCUCGGCCACACCUGAGUGUCCCCUCCUGGUCUUCAGGAGCCUCAGUGCUCUCGCCCCCUCCCCCAGCUCCUGGCUCCCCAGGGUUCCCCUUGACUUAGACCUCCCAGCCCCUCGUGGAUGGGGCUGUCUCCCCCCUCCUCCCGCACCCUAGUGGGAAAGCCGUGUCUGACUCCAGAGACCCUACCUGCACCCUCAGCUUUCUGAGAAUGCAAAUGACGUAAAUAGAACAGCCCAGCCCAGCCCAGCCCAGCCCUGUCCUGAGCGAGAUUCCUGCUGAGCUGCCUUUGCUUCCAAAAUGGAAAAAUGCAACAGCUAAAUACAUACUGUCCCACCAAACACACACCCACAAACCCCUGCAGCCCUCCUUCAGCCCCUAGGAGGGGGAGUCCAUUAAAGGGCUUCUUGCCCGUGGAGGGACGAGGAUGUCCUCCAGAGGUGCCCUACACCAGGAGGGGGACCCCUGCCCCGGAAGGGAGUUGGUGAGUCAUGCUGGGGACCCUUUGAACACAGGGGACCCCAGACCUGGUGAGCUCUGUGGGGAAACCCAGGUCCAGAGGGUGGCAGAGAAUUUCUGGCUCAAGGGCCCCCCAGUCCACAGGGAGGAAGAUGGGAGGGAAGAGGGAGGAGGGGAGGAAGAGGAGUUGAAAGCGCUUUGCCUUGUGUUAUGUUUUGCUUCUUUUCUGUGUUCCCUGUUCACCUGUUAGCACAUUGUACUUGAAUUACCUCAGUUUUUUGUGACCUCAUGAGCUUUUUUGACCCCUGUAUCUCUUUUUUUUGGUUGGGGGUUGGAGGAAUGGGGAGAGUGUCCUUUUCUGUUUCUUGUGUAAAUUAAUAGCUGGUUUAAUAGACUUCAGCUGGCCGAGGCCCUCCCCAUCCCCCAGCUGGGAGGAGCAGCGCAGAAGGAGCUGAGUACUCAGGAUGUGAGUGUGAGGCCGGGGCAGGAGGUGGGUGGCGGGGAUGGGGUGCUGGGGGCAGGGCCAGGUCACUGCUGGCUCCGCCCAGGGCAUGGCGUCAUCGGCCACCGUGUCCUCUGGAGAAGACCCUACCUUUCUUACAAUCUGCUGGGUCAUCUAGGUCUUGGGGGGCAGCCAGUGUUAUUCAGAUCCCUGCAACUGCAGGGCCCCCACCUCUGUGUGCAUUAUCACUGCCAAAACUGGUCUCUUUUCAGGGCUGGUUGGGGACGAGCCGGCCUGUGUGUUGUUGCGAUGGGGCAGGGGUGUUGUUUUUCUAAAAGCUACCUCUUCUGUUUGUCCAGUUGUUCUUUUGUCCCCUUCCUGCCUCCCGUCCUGCUGCUCUGCUUCCCCUCUCCUCCUCCACCUCCCCUCCCUCAAUUUUUGGAAAGCACAUUUGCAAUAUUUGUGUUCGCUUUGGGACGGGUCUUCCGUUUCAUCUCAUGCUUUAUUUGUUGAGUUGUUUUGUUUUUGUUUUUUUUUUUCUUCCCUUUCUCUCUCUGAGAAAGUUGUGGUUGCGUUUUUAUCUUAGGUUUUAAAAAGUGGUUUUGGGAAGCGGUUUUUGGGGAGAAGGGCUGUGAGGAAUACAGGGAAGUCGGAGGGAUGGGUGCUGCUGUGACCACCCCCGUCCCUCGGCCCCAUCCCUCCUGCCCUCCCCUGCAAUCUCGCCCACCAAAUCUGAAGGCCUUAAAAACGGUGUGUUGGGGGAAAUGGAUUGGGGGGACUAUGUCGCUAGACUGUUGACUGGGGACAACAUAGAGGGGAUACUAUUUUGCAACUAGAAUAAUGACUUAGUGCUUUGGAAAGGAAAACAAAAAGUUAAACUUGAAAUCCGUGACUAGAGCAGUGGUCGUGUUUAUAAUGUGAAAAGAGCGAAAUCACUGAGGACAGGGCAGUCUUAAGAAAUCUUUAUGCACUAUUGCUGCCUCCCCCGAUCUGGGAAGAAGCGGGGACUGGCUGGCCCUCAGGGGAUCUGUAAAUCCCAGAAAACAGUAUUUGAACAGAAGGAUGUCUUUCAACUUUGGGGGGAAGGAAAAAAAAAUUCAACUAUUCCACAGACCUAGCUGGCACCUCUCACUGCACCCCCCCCGCCCUCCCACCCAGCCAGGGUCUCCUCCCCUGUUUAUAAAAGCUGAGAGGGUUGAGCUCAUAUUGACAAAUUGUAAUAUUUUUGUAAUAUUUGUUAGGUCCUUCAUCACUUCUACCAGACCUUGCCCCUUCCUUUUGUAAUGUGAAUAGGAGACAAAAAAAGACAAAAAAAAAAAAGAAAAGAAAUUCACCACCACCACCACCACCACCACCAAAAUACCCCUUUGUGUGUGCCUGUGUGUGCGUGUGCUUGUGUGCGGUUGUGUGUUACAUCAUGCCGUAUUGUAAUCUGGUGUUGCAGCGUUGGAUGGUACUCAGUCAGCCCCUGCCUGCCCCCACCAUCCCACAAGGAUGCUGGUCGGGAGGUGGGGAGAGAGGACCAGGGCCUGGGGUUUCUGGAGGAUGCUGGCUGGGGAGACCUCUGAACUUGGCUCUCCCCUCCUCUCCCGUGAAACCGCAGACACCCUGAAGAGACUCCAACAUGCCUCUUUCCCAGCUUCCUACUCACAAAGACAAAAGAAUUCUGACCUCCCCAAGGCCUUCGUGGCCAGGCCUAAUGGCCAAGAUGAAGGUCAGAAAUGAUCUGGAGGCUUUAGAUGUGUGGACAAAGAAGGCUGGGGAGACAAGGCAGGCAGAGGCCGCUCUCUCCCUAGGUGAGACCGGAGUGUUGUCACUUCCCUCUCCUUGCUGCCACCUGGCCCCUUGGCUACCGUGCCGCCCUGGGCCAUGGUACUGCUGACAACCCUGCUUGCUCCUGCCUUCUCCAGCACAGAGAGCUUCUCCAGCCUGGAAAGUCCAAGUUGAUGAAUUGUCCCUUUCCUACGUUCGGCUCCUGUAAUAAGCGUGUCCCUUAAUGCUUUUGGUGACAUUUCCUCCUCACUCAUGUGCUCUUCCCCUGUUCACUCCUUCACUCAUUCAAAGCAUUAAAAUCCUAUGUGUAUAUAGGAUAGACAAAUAUAUAGAGAGAUAUAUAUAUAGCAAGAGAGAGAGAUAUAAAAUAGCAAAUAUCAUUGCUGCUUUGGGCUGCUUUGGAGGAGGCCUCGAGUGGGGGAGGGGUGAUCGGGGGUGGAGGGGGUGGGGAGGGAGGCUGGGGGACCCAGUGAUUCAGUACAAUCCAGGGAUGCAACGCGGGCUUGUUUAAUCUUUGUGCCUGAACAGUUUUUCCAUGUUUAGAAAAAGAAAAAGAGAAAAAAAAAACUGCUGCGAUUUUUUCACAAGUAUAUGGUACCCUCUGGAUGCUAGUGGUACAGUUGGCUGCUGGGGAGUCAAGGCCUUGGAGGGAGAGGGCUGGCUGCCUCCCCUCCUUACAGGGGCGUGAACAGCGCUGGGGUGGGGGGCUUCCGACUCUGCCCAUGAGGAUGGUGGGGAGAUGUGUGGCCAGCUCCCUGCAGACCCAACAAGGGUGAAAGCCGGGGGCAUGGGAUGUGAGACAGAAAAGGGGAAAAAGGUCAGACUUAGUUUGUUCAUUUUUCCUGGGCUUAUGUUAGAUCUUUUUCCGCCUCCCACCUUGUUUCCUCCUUCCUGGAGCUUCGUGGCGGCAUUUACCUGCAUAUUUCGGGACAGGGGGGCAAAAAUCAGACUAAGCCUGAACGGUGGGACUGAUGGGUGGAGGAAAAAGGCAGAGCCCACCAGAAGGAGCGCAAGACAGACCAGGGGAGUUGGGUCAGGGGGAAAGGGCUGGGGAGACGGGGUUCAGGCCCCCUGCAGACCUGGCAGCCAGCAGCCCCCGCCUCCCUGAAACCUUGGCGGUCCACUUAGCAGACAGGGUACCAGCCUCCUGGCGUGUGUCAUAGGAGUUGUUCACAUAGUGUUAUGCAUGAUCCUUGUAAGGUUAAGACGCCGUGGUGGUGCACCAUGACAUCCAACCCAUAUAUAUAAAGAUAAAUAUAUAUAUAUAUGUAUGUAAAUUAUAGCACUGAGGGCUUUGCUGCCCUGCUGGACCAAGCAAAACUAAGCCUUUUGGUUUGGGUAUUUUGUUUCGUUUUGUUAUUUGUUUGUUUUUGUGGCUUGUCUUACGUCGUGACAGCACAAGUGCCAGUCCGAUUGCUCUGUAUUACAGAAUAGUGUUUUUAAUUAAUUGAUGUUCUAGUUCAUGUCUACCUCAGCACCUCCUCUUAGCCUAAUUUUAGGAGGUUGCCCAAUUUUGUUUCUUCAAUUUUACCGGUUACUUUUUGUACAAAUCAAUCUCUCUCUCUUUCUCUCUUUCUCUCUCUUUUGAUCUCUCCCUCUCCCUCCCCUUCUUUUUCCCUCCCUCCAUCCUUCUUCCCCUCUCUCCCCUCUCACUUCUGUUUGUACCAUUUUCUCUCUUACUCUCUCCUUCCUCUGGUCCCCACUCAGCCCUGCGACCCCGCCCUGUGCUUGCCAGCCCUGUCUGUCUAGCCCCGAAGCAGCUCACCCCAACUUGUACGGUCCUGGUUGCAGCUUUCCGCAUCUGCCUUCGUUUCGUGUAGAUUGAUGCGUUUCUUUGUAAUUUCAGUGUUUCUGACAAGAUUUAAAAAGAAAAAAAAAGGAAAAAAUGAAUUUACUGCUGCAGGUUUUUUUCUCUCUCCAUGUGUCACUAAGUGAAGUUUGUGCCUUCUAUAGCAAAGAGAAUAUUUUUUACAUCCUACUAACAGUAGAUUUUUUUGUAGUGAACAUUUUUUGUAUUUUUAUUUAUAAGUCUCAUAAGAAAAAUAGCAAUGUUCAGUUGUAUACCUUGAAUCUGCAGUUAGAAGAAAAUAAAGUUAAUUCAGUUGU